AUGGGUGACAAGGAUAGUUUGGUUGACAUCUGCCUUAGAGUGGGAGGUGCUUUUGUCCCUAAAAGAGUAACCAAAAACAGGCAGCUGCUGUGUUGGUGUGGUGGUUGGUGUUACUGGAAGAGGAAGGUUCAAGUAUCUAAGUUGGAUGUGCAUUUGAUUAGAACAGCUGCAAUUCAUGGUUUUGUUAAUGGUGAUAUGGAUGUGCCUAUGCAUUACAGCUGUUGGUAUAGGCAGAAGGGGAAAACCUUUAACACUGGGAAAAGGGAACUAGUUAACAGUGAAGAGGUUAAGGGCCUUUUGGAGACAGUAAAUGAAGAGGGGUAUGUUGAGGUUUUUGUAACAACAGAAGCUCCUAGUCAGCCCAUACAAGAGGCCCAACCCAAUCCUGCAAAGACAAAAAAAAAGGAUAAGAAGGUAGAAAGUUCAAAUACAUCGACUAUUAGGAGGAGCCCUAGGUUUAAGAAGACAGAAACUGAACAAAGGGAGGAGAGUCCACCUAGGAAAGCCUCAGCUAAUGCUAAAGUGUUGAGGUUUGAUGAAGAAAAGGAUGAUGGAUGUGAAGGAUCUGGUUAUUCAAGUUCAGAUUUGAGUGAUGAGGGACAAGAUUGGGAACCUGGUGAAGAAGAAUUUGAUGAAGGGGAUGAGGAAUGGUAUAUUGAAGGGUCAAAGGAGAUCUUGGCCAAAGUGAACAAGAGCCUUAGGAAAGGUUUGGAGAGUGCAGUAGAUGACAGGGUUGGCAAAGAUAAGAGAGUAGAGUUGAGAAAUGAUUUGGAUGUUGGAAAACCGAAGGUGAAUCCAGAAAGUGAUGCUGAUUCAGAUGAUUCAAGGAGUUUGUGUGGAUCUGAUGAGGAACAGGACUAUGCUCCUUGGUUUAAUGCUGAUGUGGACUUUGACAACCCAAUCAAGUUGAAGUUAAAUCAGAAAUUCAGUAAUGCUUCAGUCUUGAGGAGGGCCUUAAGACUUCAUGCCAUUCAAAACAGGUAUGAGUUCUACUACUUGCAUAAUGACAGUAAAAGGAUUACAGUUCAGUGUAGAUAUAGAUGUGGCUGUGAGUUCAAUAGCUACACUUGUAGAAUGCCUGCUUGUACAUGUGUGGGGGGGGUAAAGUGUCAGUUCAAGGUGUUUGCAUCAAAACUUGUUAAGCAGCAAACUUGGCAAAUCAAAACCUUGAAUUUAGACCAUUCCUGCUUCAGAGUAAAGAAGAACAAGAUGCUUACUGCUGAAUACAUAGCAGAGAGGUAUUUAGAAGAGUUUAGGAGUAACCCUGGUUGGAGAAUUAAGGAGAUUAGGGCUAGGAUUUUGAAUGAUUUAGGAGUUGAUGUGAGUUACUAUAAGGCAUGGCUAGCUAGGUGUAGGGCAAAACUACUGAUAUUUGGUUCAGCUAGGGAGCAGUAUGCUAGGGUGUGGGAUUAUGGGAAAGCUGUGAUGAAGUACAACCCUGGUUCAGGGUGCAAUGUUGUUGUUGAUGGUAUUGACAGGCCAGAGCCACCAUUGUUCAUGAGGAUGUUCAUCUGUUUAAGGCCAUUGAGAGAUGGAUUUGCAAAGGGUUGUAGGCCUUUAAUAGGGUUGGAUGGUUGUCACCUCAAGGGUGCCUUUCCUGGGCAAAUUCUGGUGGCAGUUGCUAAGGAUGGGAAUAACAACUUGUUUCCUCUAUCUUGGGCCACAGUGGAGAUUGAAAACCAGGAAACUUGGGGUUGGUUCUUGGAAUCCCUUAUGUCAAUGUUCACACAUGAUCAAGGAGCUGGGCUGACCAUCAUGUCUGACAGGCAAAAGGGUUUGAUUAAAGCAAUGGCUGAUGUUAUUCCCAAAGCUGAGCAAAGGUUUUGUGUGAGGCAUAUUUGGGCUAACUUCAAGCUCAACUUCACUGGAUCAACCUUUAAGGAGCUGUUUUGGAGAGCAGCUAGGGCCACCACCAUUUUUGAGCAUGAAAUUGCCAUGGAGUCUAUCAAAUUCCUCGAUGAAGAGGCAUAUGAGUAUUUAAUCAACAUUCCUCCCCACCAUUGGUCUAGACAUGCAUUCACACCAAACUGCAAGUCCAACAUGUUGUUGAACAACAUGUGUGAGACUUUCAAUGCAGUCAUUAGGCCUGCCAGAGAUAAACCUAUCCUCACCCAAAUGGAAUGGAUGAGGAGGUAUAUUAUGAACAGGAAUAAUGAAAAGUGGGAGGAUUCAAAAACAAUUACACACAACUUAGUGCCAUAUGUGAGGCAUGUUCUGGGGAGGAUAGACUUUGUGGCUAGGUCCUGUGUGGUGCAGCCAUCCAGAGGGAAUACAUUUGAGGUGCAGCUGAAGGAUGACCAGGUGUUGGUUGAUUUGGACAAGGAGACCUGCACAUGUUACCAUUGGGAACUCACUGGCAUUCCAUGUGUUCAUGCUUAUGCCUGCAUAUUGGAUAUGAGGGGUGACAUAGAGGCUGUUGUUGACCCAUACUAUACCAUGGACACAUACAGGUCUGCUUAUGAACCAGCUGUCCAACCAAUGCCUGGCCCAAAGCACUGGGAGAGAGUCAGAAUGAGGGAACCACUACCCCCUUCUGUUAAGGUGCAACCUGGGAGACCAAAGAGCAAAAAAAGGAAGCUUGAGCCAGGAGAAUGUUCUUCUUCAGGUGGUCAGGCAAGUACCAAGAGGAAGAAGCAAUGCAGCAACUGUGGGGGAUAUAGGCAUUAUGCCAAGACUUGCAAAGUACCUGCUGCACCAGCUACAGAGCUGAUAAAGUCAGCAGGCAGACCCCCACUGAACACUCCUUGGAUGGUGGAGGAGAGGAAGAAGAAAGAGAUUAGGGCUGCUAAAAAGAGUGCAAUUGGGGCUGGACCAAACAGCAUAGGAAACAAAAAGUUUCCUCAAGAGCAAGAAGGUUGUCUGCCAUUCAGCAAGCGCCCACAGCCACAGUCUUCCUCAGCUAAGCAUUCCUCAGCUCAGCCAUCCUCUAGUCAGCCAUCCUCAGCUCAGCCUUCCUCAAGUCAGCCUGCCUCAAGCCAACCAAAAAGAAAGACAAGGUCUUCCUCAAGUCAGCCUACAACAGCCACAGGUGUUGUAACAAGGGCCAGGCUGCAAUGUUUCACAUGA